CUUAUUGGAGUGCCUUUUGUGUGCUCUAAAAUUUUAAUCCUAAUUUUGUUUUCUUUUAUACUAGGUUCAGAUCAUAAAUCUGUGGCUGGACCAAUUAAGUCAUCACCUGAAAUUAAUUUGAGAUGGGAAAAUGGGCCAAGUGCUGUAGUACACUCUCUGCUGGCUGUAAAAAAUGGCUUUCUACAGUGUCACGUGGAGAAUUUUAGUGCUGAAUUCCUAACAUCUUCCCUCAUGAACAUUCAGCAUUUUCUAGAAGAUGAAACUGUUGCAGCAGUAAUGCCUAUGAAGAUUAAAGUUUCUAAUACAAGGAUUAAUUUAAAAGAUGACAGCCCACGUGAUAAUCUCUCAGCUCCUGAACCAGCCCCUGUAACACUGCAUAUUGACCUACUUUUGUUAGAGAGGAAUGACGAUGGCUCUUUUUGCAUCAGAGAUAAUCAAUCACUAAGCAAUGAUGUGUUGAACUACAAGAAAUCGAGUGCUACAGUGCAGCAAGUGAGUGGCGUUACCAGAAACAAAACGCAGGAUUAUGUGUCUCAAGCCACACAGACUUCUCCAGAAAUCCCCAGACCUUCUACAUCAAGAUGGGCUACAGCUGAUUUCCUCAAAGAGGAGCUUAUUGAAGAAAACGAAUGCCUUAAACAGGAACUAGCCAAGGCUAAAAUGGCUCUGGCUGAGGUCCACAUGGAAAAAGACACUCUGCUUCAUCGUAUAAAGAGGAUGACUAUUGAACAUCAACAGUAGUGGAUAAUGUAUUCCAAAGAUUGCACUGGAGUAAGAAGGGCUGUAUUUAAAUACUGUUUGUGAAUUAGUGGAAGAGUCUUUUGACAUGAGCAUAGAACAACGUAUUUGUGGAAUAAAUACUAUUCUGAGAAUUUACGAAGGAUUAGGAUUAGACACUGCAAUUGUGUUUUUCUGUUUAGCCCUGUUUAAACUGCAGUGAUGCAGGAAAAAUCAGUUUAUACUGUACUUUACUAAUUUUCCUAACAAGGAUAUGAUUCUCUUAAUUUUAAUAAUAUUGGAGGAAAUGUUAUCUGGGGAACAGAUCUGAUGAUGAGAGAGUUCAAUGGGCAAGGGAAGAUGUUUACAUGAGUAAUUGAGUAAAAUGUGUGCCAUGCAUCAUUGAUAUAUGGUAUCUUUAUUCGCUAAGAUAAAAUGAUUUUUACUGUUAACAAAUAUUUUAAAGGAGAUUACAUUUGCACUAUAAACUGAAUGGAUCCCACUCUCUGGCCAUUAAAACUUAAUAUAAUUGGCCUCAAACUGGCCUAAAGUCAGUGUAACUGGCCCAGGCAGGAUCACCAAGUUUAAGAGUAAUCUUCCUGUGGCAUAGAGACUUCCACUGCUCUCUUCCACUGCUGGUAUACCUGAGUAAAGGAUUGGGACCUUAGGACAAGGAUCGUAGUAUUGGAUACCCCUACCAGGCGAGUCCUUGGCUUUCUUGUGGAUAUUGCAGUCUGGUGUAAUUCAGAUCAUCACUUAAACUGUUCUCCCCCAUGCAGAAGGACUUGUCAUGCACAGCGACAGCAACGGAUCAGGGGUCUGUGCAAGAUGAGCUUUAGCCAUCUUUACACACACCCCUGACCCAUGUGCUGCAUGGAUCAGCCACGCCCAAUGUAUUUAAAUAUGUAACUGUUCAUUUGUUAAAACAAAAACUUACUAGGAUUAAUAAAUUGUAUAUUACUGUGUUUGAAAAAAACUUCAGAGAAUCAUUAAUUACCCUGUUGAACUUGUAAAGUUACAUGAAAGUGUAAUUAUGCAGUUUAAACUGUGGGUGAUUUGUACAAAUUGAACUAUAAUUUUCUGCUAAAAGAACUGAUACAAAUGUAUAAAUAAAAAAGCACAGAAUACAGAC